GUGUGGUGUCUUCACCAUUAAUUCGCGGUCCAAAUUCCGUGCGCCCUUGUGCACCUUCACUGGAAAUCUUCGACUCCACAUAAAACCCCGCAGAAUUUUUGGACUAUGGAGUUCUCCACUCUUGUUCCCGACGAGCUGGGUGACGUGAAGGAGCUUGGUCACUCCGUCUCCUUAACUCCUAUUAAUGUCACGUUUUCUGAGGAUCUGCUCCCGCUUUCUUCACAAGGCAACGACACCGGCACAGACGCAGCCAGGGACACGACAAGCCUGAUCCUCGCCGUUUGUAUCACGGCUCUCUACUCCCUCAUCUGUGUGGUGGGACUGCUGGGAAACGUGCUUGUCAUGUAUGGAGUGGUCAGGUACACCAAGAUGAAGACCGCUACCAACAUCUACAUCUUCAACCUGGCCCUCGCGGACGCUCUCGCCACCAGCACCCUCCCCUUCCAGAGCGCCAAAUACCUGAUGAGGACAUGGCCCUUUGGGGAGCUGCUGUGCAAGGUGGUCAUCGCCAUUGACUACUACAACAUGUUCACCAGCAUCUUCACGCUCACCAUGAUGAGUGUGGACCGCUACAUCGCCGUGUGUCAUCCGGUGAGGGCCCUGGACUUCCGCACACCCGCCAAAGCCAAGCUUAUUAACGUGUGCAUCUGGAUCCUCGCCUCUGCUGUCGGGGUUCCUGUGAUGAUCAUAGCCGUUACCAAGGUGACAGAUAAAGGAACUACAGCCUGCACACUCACAUUUCCCAAACCAGAGUGGUACUGGGACACACUGAUGAAAAUCUGUGUGUUCAUCGUGGCCUUUGUUGUGCCUGUCCUGGUCAUCACCAUAUGCUACGGUCUAAUGAUCCUACGACUCAAGAGUGUCCGCCUGCUUUCAGGCUCCAAAGAGAAAGACCGGAACAUGCGGCGGAUCACCCGCAUGGUCCUGGUGGUCGUGGCCGCCUUUAUCGUUUGCUGGACUCCCAUCCACAUCUUCAUCAUUGUCAAGACCAUGGUGGAUAUUGACCACAAGGAUCCCCUAGUCAUGGCCACCUGGCAUCUGUGCAUCGCUCUGGGCUACACCAACAGCAGUCUCAACCCGGUGCUGUACGCCUUCUUAGACGAGAACUUCAAGAGGUGCUUCAGGGAUUUUUGCCUGCCCUAUCGAUCCCGCCUGGAGCAGAACAGCUUCUCGCGGGCACGCAACAGCACGCGGGAGCCUGCGUCCGUUUGUGCACCUGUGGGGACAGAGGGACCGCCCGCCUGACUAGACAUGGGUCAGUUCGGGGGCGGGACAGUUCAGGACGACCUCCAGACUGAGGUCACACAAUUUUCCACCACAGGAGUUUGAGUCCUAGCAUCGUCAAGACAACAUAUUGAUUGUGGGUUUUUUUCAAAUUCCUGUAAUGAAAUUGGUUGGCAAACAUGUUUAUGAGACACGGUUCUUCAUGGAUUAUCUUUCAGGAUGAUGACAGCCAUGUCUGCACAUAAGGGAAUGGAACACUAUAGAGCAUAUAGACUACGGAGUCUAUAUGAAGAACAUGCUUAUUGCGCUCUCACACACACACACACUACAGUCAAAGAAAGUUGCAUGUUUGUUUGUUUUACUCCAAAAACACAGAUAUGUAAAAGGCUUUCUCUUGAACCAGUUCUCGGUUUCCAUUGGCUAUUGUCGGCUUUGCUGAACAUUAGUAUAGAUUCUUUGCACACACACACACACACAGAUAUAUAUAGGGCCCAUUCUUUUGUAAUGGAAACACAGAGGUGCUUAGUUUCACUUUAGCUGUACACCAAACACAAAUUCUGAACACACCUGGCCUUUAGUGCUUACACAGAGCUUUAAUAAUGUCUGUUGGUCUUCACAACAAUGUAGGACUCAUGUCUUCCCAAUGACCAUAUAGUUAGGUAGGAAAUAAUCCCCAAAUACACAGACGAGGCCAUGCCUGAGAGUCUUUGUACAGCCCGUGUGUGAUAGGAUGAGUCCAUAAUCUACACUCACUGAAUCCCACAAAAAUAUGUUUUUCACAUUUCACGGCGAGCAGACGGAGAAAAUCCCCUUGUAGCAGGAGGACAUGAAAGCGGCAAUAGCACAGGACGGGCAGAGCAUCCACAAGGAAGACACUACAGUGAUUCAUUGUUGCUCACUGAUUUGCAUUUAAAUAUAAAUGAGUUUAUUGAGGCUGUGAAAUUACUUUCUGUUUUAGAAAUUUGGAUAAAACAGCACUUGAUGUGAGAAUGAAGCCCGUAAUGAAGUCGCAGGCAACAAUAAACAAAACACUAAUACUCUCUAAGUCUGAGGGGAACCCGGUAAUGAACUGUGGAUUUGUUAUUAUAAGCAUCUCCUUUCACAUUACACGUCACCGUCAUCAAAUCUACAGCAGCUUUAAAGUUGAAUCUCAUUUGAAACUCUUAAGAUUCAAGAUUCAAACUCUCCACGGAGCCAACACAAAUAAAUGUGCAUCUCUUUCCAAAUCUAACAGGCCGUAAAUCAUGACUUUGUCAGCCAGCCUCAGUGGAGAGGUACAAUAAUGUGAAUAAUAAAGAAUAAUUACAGACAAAGGCUGCAUACACACACACACACACUGUAAUUAACAAGUGCAACAAAUCUUUGGUGAAAUAUUUGAGCUUUGAGCCAUGUAUCUGUGUCAUUCCUCUACCUUAUUAAUGUGUCUCGCUGUAUGGGUGACGUCUGAGUCGGAAUAAUUCAAUGGCAAAAAAGACAUCUCCAUAUACACGUUACAACUAAUUAUGAACUAUUUUAGACACUUGCUGUUUCUCACACAGUCAAGUCAGUGACAUUGUUUGCAGAAUCAGUAUAAAGAUAAUACUGUUAUGUGACAGCAUAGUAUAUAGAUAGUGUAUUUAUUUAUUUUUUAUUGUUGUUCAAAUGUGCUGUCAAGUUGUUGUACCACUGAGCUUUACUUAGAAUUAAUUAUGUAUUUACACUAAGUGCUUUUUGUUCACCUUGGGAAAAGAAAGUAACAGAAAAAAGUCUCUAACGUUUUACAGCUUUUUACUUUCUAAAUGUUUUCUGCAUUGUUGUGGACAGUGUAUUCAGCUGAAUGGAAAUCUGUACCAUGAUGCCUUCGGCGUUACGAGUUCUCUUUGCAAAAAAGUGAAUUUGUUUUCUUAGAGUUAGACCUUUUUUUCAUGAGUUUCAAUCAAUACAGUAUAGAUGUGCUUUCGUCUUUUCGCUGUCAUAUGAAUUAGCACAAGAUGUAUCGUGUAAGAGCUUUGGUUUUGAAACAUUUAUUACAGUUUUGAUUCAAUAAAUAGUUUUUUUGUG